AUGUCAUUUAUUGUAAUUUCUUUAAAUAGUAGUUUUACUCGUCAAAUUGUUAAUUUAAAUAAUCCAUUUAAAUUAAAAUCUUUAUUUAUAGAUGAGAGAUCACAAAUUGAUGAAUCAAUAAAAUUAUUAUUACAAAAAUCUGGUGAUUAUUUAGAAAAAUAUUGGGUACAAAUUUUGUCUUUAAAUCUUAUUGAUAAUUUAAUUGAUCUGGAAAUAUUUUUAAAAAAUUCUCAAAAUACCUUUAUUGAAAAAUUAAUAAUUAGUAUUAGAAUGAAAGGAUUUAGGAUGGAUAUUUUACCUUAUAUAAAGGAAUAUAUAAUGAAAAAGAAGAGGGUCAAAUAUUUGGCUAUUAUGAAUACUUUCAUUAAAGACAGUGCAACGGUUAACAUUAAAAGUGAAGAUUUAUUUUCUUUGAAGAAUGAAGUGAAAGAAUUUGAAUUUAAUCGUCAAUUCUGUGAAAUUGCCGUCAGAAUUUGUGAAGAAAUGUUUGGAAUUUUCAAGAUUUUCCUCAAGAAGAUUAUGAUGGAAUCAAAGGAUUUGUUGCAAAAGGAAGAGUUUUUCAUUAUCAAUCUUACUCAAACUCGAAAACCUCCAUUGUUUAAUUAUCCGUCAUUUAUCAAAGUUAUUACAAUCCGUGGAAUCAAACGAAUAAUUCGAAAUUUUCCUUUUGAUACAAAAGAUUUCGAUUCACUUCAUUGUAUUCGAAUGCAAUUAUGGUGUUGUUCAAAUAUUUGUUCAGAAUUUUUUAUCAAUUAUCUCAAAUGUCAUAAUAUUCAAUCAUUAAAUUUAAAUUUUAUUCCUCUUACUUCAAAUGGAUUAAAAGAAUUAAUUUUUUCACAAAAUAAUUUUAAAACAUUUUUGGAAAUUAAUGGAAAAAAUUCGAUAGAUUUAUAUAUACCUGAAAAUCCUGAUAACUCAUUAAAUUUGACAAUAGCUAAAUUUUGUCCAAACCUUAAAAUCUUAUCUAUAGUCUUUGAGGAGGAUGAAUUUGAAACUUUUAAAUUAAUCCUGAAUAAUUGUCAAUAUUUAAAAAUCAUUAGAUUACAAUAUAAUGCUGAGAGAUGUUCUAAUAUUAAAACCUUCUUUAGAAUUUGUGAAGAACUAGAGGAAUUUUUUAUAAACUGGAAAGAUCGUAUACCACAAAAAUCACUUUCACUAGUUAUCACUAGUAGUAAUAUUAAGUUAGAAGAGUUAGAAAAAUACAUGAAAAUAAUGAUUGAAAAUUAUAAAAAAAUGGGUAUUAUUAGGGAAUUUAGAAUUACAUAUUAUGGAAUAUUAGAAUUAUAUUUCAUAAAAUUUUAA